AGAAAAAAGAAGAGUUAGAACUUGAAAAUGAGGAUAUCCAGAUAAUUGAUAACAAUAGGGUUAACGGUCAUGCCUUCCUUGAGUUAAGUCAAGAAGAUCUUGAGAGAUGGAAAAUGCCAGGUGGACCAGCAAAAACCAUAACAAUAUUGAUUGAGAAUAUUAAAGGCGAAACGCGAGGUCAUGAACAAGAAUGCGAAAUUGAGGAUUCCUUGUAUUUUUCGACUCUCAACAUGCUCAAGACUAAACCUGAAUUCAUUCCAUCCCGCUCAGAUUUAUUGAAUUACCUUCAACAACCAUUUGCCAAGCCAAUUGAG